AUGCAGCUUCCUCUCUUCAUCAAGGUGCUUCCUCUCUUGAUCAAGAUGCUUCCUCUCUUCUUCAAAGUACUUCCUCUCUUCAACAAAGUGCUUCCUCUCUUGAUCAAGGUGCUUCCUCUCUUGAUCAAGAUGCUUCCUCUCUUCAUCAAGAUGCUUCCUCUCUUCAACAAAGUGCUUCCUCUCUUGAUCAAGGUGCUUCCUCUCUUGAUCAAGAUGCUUCCUCUCUUCAUCAAGAUGCUUCCUCUCUUGAUCAAGAUGCUUCCUCUCUUCAUCAAAGUACUUCCUCUCUUCAACAAAGUGCUUCCUCUCUUCUUCAAAGUACUUCCUCUCUUGAUCAAGAUGCUUCCUCUCUUCAUCAAGAUGCUUCCUCUCUUCAUCAAAGUACUUCCUCUCUUCAACAAAGUGCUUCCUCUCUUGAUCAAGGUGCUUCCUCUCUUCUUCAAAGUACUUCCUCUCUUGAUCAAGUGCUUCCUCUCUUCAAAAAGUACUUCCUCUCUUGAUCAAGGUGCUUCCUCUCUUCAACAAAGUGCUUCCUCUCUUCAUCAAGAUGCUUCCUCUCUUCAUCAAGAUGCUUCCUCUCUUCUUCAAAGUACUUCCUCUCUUGAUCAAGGUGCUUCCUCUCUUCAACAAAGUACUUCCUCUCUUGAUCAAGGUGCUUCCUCUCUUCAACAAAGUGCUUCCUCUCUUGAUCAAGAUGCUUCCUCUCUUGAUCAAGAUGCUUCCUCUCUUGAUCAAGGUGCUUCCUCUCUUCAACAAAGUGCUUCCUCUCUUCAUCAAGAUGCUUCCUCUCUUCAACAAAGUGCUUCCUCUCUUCAUCAAGAUGCUUCCUCUCUUCAUCAAGAUGCUUCCUCUCCAUCAUGCAUCCAUCAUGCAGCUUCCUCUCUUCAUCAAGUGCUUCCUCUCUUCAUCAAGGUGCUUCCUCUCUUGAUCAAAGUACUUCCUCUCUUCAACAAAGUGCUUCCUCUCUUCUUCAAAGUACUUCCUCUCUUGAUCAAGGUGCUUCCUCUCUUCAACAAAGUACUUCCUCUCUUGAUCAAGAUGCUUCCUCUCUUCAACAAAGUACUUCCUCUCUUGAUCAAGGUGCUUCCUCUCUUGAUCAAGAUGCUUCCUCUCUUCAUCAAGAUGCUUCCUCUCUUGAUCAAGAUGCUUCCUCUCUUGAUCAAGGUGCUUCCUCUCUUGAUCAAGAUGCUUCCUCUCUUCAUCAAGAUGCUUCCUCUCUUGAUCAAGAUGCUUCCUCUCUUCUUCAAAGUACUUCCUCUCUUGAUCAAGAUGCAGCUUCCUCUCUUCAACAAAGUGCUUCCUCUCUUCAUCAAGAUGCUUCCUCUCUUCAACAAAGUGCUUCCUCUCUUCAUCAAGAUGCUUCCUCUCUUCAUCAAAGUGCUUCCUCUCUUCAUCAAGAUGCUUCCUCUCUUCAUCAAAGUGCUUCCUCUCUUCAUCAAGAUGCUUCCUCUCUUCAUCAAGAUGCUUCCUCUCUUCAUCAAAGUACUUCCUCUCUUCUUCAAAGUACUUCCUCUCUUCAACAAAGUGCUUCCUCUCUUCAUCAAGAUGCUUCCUCUCUUGAUCAAGGUGCUUCCUCUCUUCAACAAAGUGCUUCCUCUCUUGAUCAAGGUGCUUCCUCUCUUCUUCAAAGUACUUCCUCUCUUGAUCAAGGUGCUUCCUCUCUUCAACAAAGUACUUCCUCUCUUGAUCAAGGUGCUUCCUCUCUUCAACAAAGUGCUUCCUCUCUUCAUCAAGAUGCUUCCUCUCUUCAACAAAGUGCUUCCUCUCUUCAUCAAGAUGCUUCCUCUCUUCAUCAAGAUGCUUCCUCACUCCAUCAUGCAUCCAUCAUGCAGCUUCCUCUCUUCAUCAAGGUGCUUCCUCUCUUGA